AAGUAUCCAACAUCCGGUUAGUAGUAGACGAUAUAAAGCACAUCAACGAAAGACACGUUGGCUAAUAAUCGUUCGCGAUUAAAUCAUUUUAAAGUAUUAUCCGCCAUAAUAUAUACAAAAUUAUGAGGCUAACCACAAGGAUAAGAAAAUGAAGCUUAUACACAAAGAUGUCGAUAAAGGAGCCCAGGGUUCAAUUGUUCUGUACCCUGAAGAAAGCGAAGAUAUGUGGCACGCGUACAAUCUCCUUUCGGUUGGUGACAUUCUUAAGUCAAUGACCAUUCGAAAGGUUCAAAGCGAGUCCGCUACGGGUACAACGAGUAGUAGUAAGAUAAGGACAACAUUAUCCAUCCAGAUCGAAUCUAUAGACUUUGAUACCAUUGCUUGUGCCCUUCGAGUUAAAGGAAGAAACGUAGAAGAAAAUAAACAUGUUAAAAUGGGUGCUUACCAUACCCUCGAUUUGGAAAAAAAUAAAAAAUUCACACUUUUCAAAACUGAAUGGGACAGCGUAUCCUUAGAUCGAGUAGAAACUGCAUGUGAUCCCGCACAAUCUGCAGAUGUUGCUGCUGUUAUUAUGCAAGAGGGAGUUGGUCAUGUAUGUCUAGUAACCCCAAGUAUGACUUUAGUAAGAUCAAAAGUUGAUUAUCAUAUACCAAGAAAAAGAAAGGGAGUUGGCAAUCAAUAUUCAAAAGCUAUGCAAAAAUUUUACGAUCAAAUGAUACAAGCCAUGGAACGUCAUUUGAACUUUGAAGUUUUAAAGUGCGUCUUAUUAGCAUCACCUGGUUUCGUUAAGGAUGAUUUUUAUCGGUAUUUAAUGAAUCAAGCAGUAAAGGUUGAAUCUCUUAAGAUCUUCCUAGAUAAUAAAUCGAAAUUUACCUUUGCUAAAUCUACUUCUGGAUUUAAACAUUCUUUAAGAGGAGUCUUAGAAGAUCCAAAUGUUCAACAACUUCUAUCAGAUACGAAAGCCAUAAGCGAGGUUAAGGCGCUCGAUGACUUUUACGAAAUGUUACAAAACGAUCCGGGUCGGGCAUUUUACGGAAUCAAGCAUGUCGAGGCAGCUGCUGCGGUUCAAGCUGUUGAAUUAUUACUUGUAUCUGAUGCACUUUUCAGAGCAACUGAUAUAAAGGUGAGGAAACGGUAUGUUCGUCUCGUCGAUGACGUAAAGGAAAGCGGUGGAGAAGUACGAGUGUUUUCCAGUUUACAUGUCUCCGGCGAACAGCUUUUGCAGUUGUCUGGUAUUGCUGCUUUAUUGAGAUUUCCUAUGCCCGAACCCGAGGAGGGUUGGAGUUCGGAUGAGGAAGAAAAUUUGGGUGCUGUUGGAGGUGUUGAAGCAGCAAAUGGAGAGUUUUCAGAAAAUGGUGCCCACUCUCAAUAUAUGGAUUCUUAUUCCGAUGAGGAUGGCGAUUUAGAUGCAGACGAGGAAUGUGCUGAUGAGUCUAGGUGA